UCUUAGUCAUUCCGUCACCAUUGACUCCCAGUUUGGGAAAACAAAAUAAUUUUAAAUCGGAAACUUUUUGUUGCGAUUCAUUCAUAUAAAGAAUUGAAAUAUGAGGGUGCUACGGGAGGAGAUGGUUUUGGACAAGGCUAAGACCUCUGCUCUGGAGCGUGUUGUGAACAUUAAUUUUGUCAAUUGUGACUUGACGGAUGUGUCGGUAAUCCAGCGCAUGUCCAAAUUGGAGAUAGCUUCACUCUCAGUUAAUGGGAUCACAUCGUUGGAGGUAUUCGCUGCCUGCCCCAAGCUGAAGCAGCUAUAUCUGCGUGCAAAUAAGAUAGAGGACAUCAAUGAAGUGGAGCAUCUGAAGAACCUGCUGGACCUAAAGGUUCUGGCCUUGGAGGCUAACCCCUGUGUGGAGCGUGCUGGUCCAGGGUACCGCGGCAUACUGCUGCGCUCACUGCCUACGCUUACGAAAAUUGAUCGCAUUGAUGUAACUCAGGAGGAGAUUACAAAUGCAUUGUGUAACAGCGAUCUUCCUGACAUGUGUGACGAAUAUGCUGAAGAACCUUUGAAUCCCGUUAAUCCACAGGCCCAGUCAGCUCAACAGACGCAACGCAGCUUGAGUCCUCAGAUGGAGGAACAGUUGGUGCAGGUGUCACCGCGUCCUCGCACGCCAUUCGCAGCAGCCGGACACAAGGAGCCGGAACUAUCACUACCAGGGACUCCCUUGCAGGGAUCUCGACUUGAGAAAUCCCGUAGUCGCUCUCCGUCUGACUCUUACGCUGGCAGAAGCGUAUCCCGAGAGGAUUAUUGUGAUAUAGGCCCAGCACGCGAUUACAGCUUUCAGUCUUUGGACUUUCGUCAAGCCUUCUCAGAUUGCCAAGAGUGGGGCUUCAGCGGUCUAUCUCUGGAUCAGCAGGAGCAGCAGAUGCAACUACAGUUUCAGAUGCGCAGCCAGAUGCGCAGCCAGAUGCAACAUCCGUUGGGGUAUCGCCCGAAUGGCAAUGGACAACUGGAGACGGUGCCGGAUUAUUCGCAACGUCACUGUCAGCGACGUGGACAGAGGACUGUCGCCAGUGCCACAGGGAAACCACCACAAUGGCAGACAGAUGAAAGCGAUUACGUGCAAUACUUGAUGAACUAUCCAUUGGGUGGGCGCAGAAUGCUUCGUGAAAACCCCGUGCACAAUAAUAUUCUAUCAGCCAUGUUGUCUUUGCUGCAGGAACUCGAUCUAGCGGCUGUCCAGGAGCUGGACAAUGCAAUCAGUAAGCGCUUGAGGGAACUCACGCGCUAUUAAAAUACCCACAAGAUCAAUCACAGCACUGAUACACGACACACACGACACUGCCAGCAUAGGCAGCGAGUGCGUCACGUGCAGUUGUUAUAACCUCAAAGUUGGCUAUAACAAGGAAGACACUCUAACAAGUUGUGAGAUUCUGUGAGAUUCGAUCAUUCCUGGUUCUAAAUAGUGAUCAAAAUCUAGUAAA